AUUUGAAGAGAAUACGCCAUAUUGAAUUCCCGUAGGAAUCGGCUAGCAUUUUUUUUCCAGCUAGCGGUGUAAAGGGGCCACUUUAUCAAUGGUCCUAAUUCGGUUUAAUGUUUAAAUACUUCUCUUUUCGUAACCCCGGACGGCGUAGCGACCUUUGAAAGGUCCAGGAAACGGUGCAGAUUCACAACGGGCUCGCUAGCUUUAGUUAGAUACUUGUAGGGGGGUUACCAGAGAAAGAAGUUGAAUGGAUCCGAGGGUAGCUUGGAUUCAGCCCGAACAGAAAGGACCUGCGAACGCCUUAUGGAUGCACGUCUGGGAGACCUCUCAGGGAGUACGGACGCUCUCCGCUCAGCAGCAGCUCCACAAUCAAAACCACAACCAGUGUGUGAAUUACGCUGCGUUGGAUGUUUUAAAAAAUGUGGCGACCGCGGUGGCAUCGAGCAAGAGCAUUUGCAGCAGCAACGGUAACGUUACUGCCAGUCGGAGCAACGGCAGCAGCCAUCACAGCAUCAUGAACGGCACUACGAGUAUUAACGGCACUGCGAUUUCCUCGCUGGGGAUGGCACUGUCCAACGGGAACGUACAUAACUCUUUCACCACGGCAAACACCGCUGAACCAGGUGAGGGAAAAAUCCUGUCUCCGAAGACGGGAUCUGUCUCGUCCUCUUCACAGGAAUCCGGGACGGACAGUCCCCCCUCCAGCUGUUCACUUGAGAGGACUAUGGGUGGAAAUGUAACGGGCAACAUUAAUAAAAAUGUCGGGGGUGCCAAUCUGCUCUUCAGCCUGAGCGACAGCAUGGACAAUAAUGUCAACCUUUACCACCACCAUCAUCACCGUCACCUACAGGAGCACCCGGCUUUCAAUUUACAGCAGAUCUGCGCGAAGCGUCAUCAGGUUCACCCAUCUAUACCUGUAAAUCACACACACAAUCACCAUCCAGGCCGAAGGAAAAGUGACAACAAGGCGAGCACUUAUGGGAUGAAUUACUUGCUUUCAAACUGCACUAAUGGCAAUUAUGCGAGCACUUGGACGCCCUGGAAGACGAGGAAGUACAACCCUGGGGUCCUCGGGCUCCAUGAGGAGGUGAUGGACUUCUACAACUUCAUGUCCCCUCGGCCAGAGGAAGCAGCCAUGAGGAAGGAGGUGGUGAACCGGAUAGAGAUGAUCAUCAAGGAGCUGUGGCCCACUGCGGAUGUCCAAAUAUUUGGCAGCUUCAGCACAGGACUCUACCUUCCAACAAGUGACAUUGACCUGGUGGUGUUUGGGAAGUGGGAGCGCCCCCCACUGCAAGAGCUGGAACAAGCUCUUCGCAAACAUAACGUGGCAGAACCUUUCUCCAUCAAAGUGCUGGACAAAGCUACGGUGCCAAUCAUCAAGCUGACAGACCAGGAGACUGAGGUGAAGGUGGACAUCAGUUUCAAUGUGGAGACUGGAGUCAAGGCGGCAAGCUUUAUUAAGGACUACGUCAAGAAGUAUCCAGUGCUGCCUUACCUGAUCUUUGUGCUGAAGCAGUUUCUGCUGCAGAGAGAUCUAAACGAAGUCUUCACCGGGGGCAUCAGCUCUUACAGCCUCAUCCUCAUGGUCAUCAGUUUCCUGCAGCUCCAUCCGCGUAUUGAUGCCAGGAACCCUAAUGAGAACCUGGGGGUUUUGUUGAUCGAGUUCUUUGAGUUGUACGGCCGCCAUUUCAACUACUUGAAAACAGGGAUUCGCAUCAAAAAUGGAGGCGCAUACAUACCCAAAGAGGAGAUCAUGAAGGCCAUGACAAAUGGAUACAGGCCAUCUAUGCUUUGCAUAGAGGACCCACUGCUUCCAGGUAAUGACGUGGGGAGGGGUUCCUAUGGUGCCAUGCACGUUAAGCAGGUGUUUGACUACGCCUACACUGUCCUGAGUCACGCUGUGUCACCACUUGCACGGUCGUAUCCCAACAAAGACUGUGAAAGCACCUUGGGCAGGAUAAUCAGGUUGACCCAGGAAGUGAUCGACUACAGGGAAUGGAUCAUUAAGAAGUGGGGGGGCAGGGAUCUGGCACGAACAGACAACAGAGUUUCCCCUACCAAGGAACCAGUGUCAGAGCAGGAGCCUGGCUGCGUGUUGGGUGGUGGUGUUGGGUCAGAGGAGCAGCAGAGGGACUCAGUAUCACCUCACAGUGCAGACUCCCCCAUGUCCAUCUCCAGCCCUCAGCAGCAUUCGUCAGCAUCCUCUGUCUCCUCACUGUCUGGAUCAGACAAUGACUCUGAUUCAACAUUGCCAUGUCCCGUCCCUCCGCCAGUCCUGCCGCCAUACCCGUCUUUCCCGCCUCUGGGCCUAGCUUUGCCACCAGGACUCAAUAUGGGCACCGGCAAGCCCGGCAUGGGAGGACACCAUCUGCUCAUGCCUCCAGGCUCACAGGCACGCGUCUCACUGCCCGGUGGUCUAGCAAUGCACUCCAUACCUGGCAGACAGGUGUGUAUAGACACCGGGCUCCCCCCCUUCUUCCACAUGCCCCCCCCAGCCCAUGCUCAUGCCCCUGCCCCUUCCAGCCCCCAGCCUCCGCCCAGCCCCCACUCCAGCCACACACACAAGAACGGAACCAAGUUCAAUGUGAAGGGCUUCCACAACCCACCGCUGGUCAACAACCCUGUUCUGGCUAACCGUGGACACACGCACACCCACACGCACACACAGUAUCACCGCAACACUUGGCGACGCAGAAAGAGGGACAGCCUACCGGUUAGCCUCAGCAGAUAGAAACCACUCCUCUGCUCCUAACUUUUCCUCCCUCUUUUCCUCUCUGGCUGCAAACCCUGGCUCUUCGUUCGUCUCGAAGGAGGAUGGACAGGCAGACAGAGGACCAGAGACCAGCAGUUUUCAUAGGGGGGGCUGCCACGACAUGGAACAGCAGCCCUCAGCUCUGCAUCUUCCUCCUACUAUCUCUACCUUUCCAUUUCUGCAUGACUUUUGUUCACAGUUUUGUAGUUUCAGUAUUAUGUUACAUUCAGUAUUUUGUUUCUGUCAUCUUUAUUUCAGGUCUGUUCUUGGUUUUUUGUUUAUUGCUAUUGGAUUUGGUGGUAAUGCCAUCGCCAAGUUCAGUUGACCUCGCCUCAACCCUUGCAGCCAAGCUGCCUGAGGUUCAGUGUUACUUUUUUUUAACAGUUUAUACACUUAAGAACAAACUGUUUUUCAUUUUGUGCAAUAAUGUUAUUUUUCUUUUUGGAACUAAAGUAAAUGCUUAUUUAAUUUUGUGUGUGUGUAUGUAAAGGCAUUUUUAUACUGUUAUUUUAUUUUUGUAGAGUUUUAAAUUCUGUUUACGAAACCUUUUCCCCAGGCAGCAUCUCUAGUGUGUGCGUGUUCAUCAGUUGGUAUUUCUGUGUGUGUGUGUGUGUGUGUGUGUGUGUGUGUGUGUGUGUGUGUGUGUGUGUGUGUGUGCGCGUGCGUGCGUGCAUGCGUGCAUGGGAGUGGGAGUAGGAGUGGGAGUGGGAGUGUGCGCUCCCGUCUGUCAUCAGGUUGAGAUAGACCCCAGAUUGCAGGGCCCCACACCCACACCCCCUCCUCUUCUUCUCUCCCCUCUUGUGUUGUUCUGUUUGAUAUAGAAAGUGGAACAGAAAGGGAUAAGGAGCCCUUAUCUCAAUGCUCCUUCCUUUUUUCUUCUUGUGUCUUGUAAAAAUGGGCGAGGUUAACAUGAAGUUCCCCAAGGAAGUUUUGUUCCUCAGCCCAGUUAGUCUAAGGCAUCCUGGAGGGAAGUGGAGGGAUGAAAUUGCACCCUAGGAUAUCCUGAGAAAUGAUUAGAGAGGAUAUACCUCUGUUUUGGCCUGUAAGAGGUCGCUCCUGAGCAGACAGAGCUUUAGCAAAAACACCUUGAGAUUGUGUGUAUGUGUAUACUUCUGUAUGUGUGUGUGUCCCUUAUGGGAUUGUGCUGUUGCCAUAUUUUGUCAGUCAGGGGAAGGCUGGCAGUGGCCUGCUAGUUUAGUCUUGGCCAAGUUUCUCUCCACUGGAGGUGAUUUUAAAGGAAAAGUGUCUAGGCGGUGCAGGAUUUUGGCCUGAGACAGCUUGUUCUGUUAUACAUAUAUGCUAGUUUGUUUUCAUUUUUUUGUGCUUGUCUCUUUUGAUUACAUGUUGUAGGAGGGGUUGGGGCCAAGAAGGCAACAGCUUAUCUGACUUGAAUUUGAAGAUCAAUGUUAGGGUAAGAGGGCAGAAAGCCACUGAUUCCAGGUCAGAGAUUGCCUCAGAUGCUUGCUCUCCUUAGUUGAGGGACGUGGUUGUAGAAUCUAAUCCCAAGGCUGAGGUCAACUCUUGCCUGCAGCUGUAAAUCAGUGAAGACCAACACUAAGAUGCUCAGCGAUAAGGUUUUCUCCUUUGUGGUCCUGGACAAAGGAGGAGGAAGGAGGGUUGAUGGUGGUGGUGGUGGGGGUCUUCCUGAACCAAGGACCCUAGUGAAAGGGAAUUAUAUUUUGAUUCCAUUCAGGAAUCUUGUGUAUAUUUGAUUGCCAGGUACUUCCGCUAAUUGUUUGCAAUGCCUUUCUUUGUGUUUACUUGGAGUGUGUGUACGUCGUAUUUCUGCGAGCACACCGUGUCACACAAAUACACACACUCACAGACAGGACUGUCAAAGGCUGUGACUCGCCCAGAACACUACACAUGCUGGUGUUAUUACUAUGCAAGUGGAUUAUUCUAAUUAUUGUGUCAACUCUCUUGUCUUUUCCGUUUGGGGUUAUUUUCCAAUGUCAAACACUGCUUGUUGGACAGGAGUAAUGUUACCGACUGACAGAUUCUCCAGCCAACACAUGAACUACUACCCCAUCCCCUGACCCCCGUGUAUUUGUAUGAAGGUCCUGAUAUGUUUCAAAGACUAGUUUUCUACAUCUAUCAGUCAAAUGUUAAGGAAUAGGGGAUGUUAAUGUCAAUGGUUUGGGUCUGGGUCUGUGUAGUGUGUGACAUAGUGAAACGUGUGAGAAAGUAUCGAGACUCAUGACUUACUACCACAGGUUUUUAAUCAGGCGCCCGACCGUUCAUGAGCAAGUGCACCCAGAGAGAGCGUCUUGCACUCUGCAGGUGCACUUCAGAAGGGACCAAGGUGUCCACCAACAAUUCUUUUUACCUUUUACUGAGAUUGUUCAGUAAUGUUAACACUAUUUUUCUUUUUCAUUUUUUCUUUAAACCAUGGCAACUCUGAUCCGUCAGUCAAAACUUCACCUGGCAUCAAUUUAAUCUCAAACGAAUGGUUUCUGUUUUGACCGAUGGCUCACAGGCAAAGCAGAUUAUCCUCUCAUAUUUUAAUGGUUUAACCAAAACCAAAAAUCAUCAUGGAUGUUUUUUGGAGACGUGCCCAACCCAUACUAUCACACUCAGUCACCCUGUUAUUCUCUGUGGAUGUUGGUUUUUCCAAAUAAUCUGUAGGGAGGUGAUCACAAUGGCAUAUUAAAUGUUCAGUUACAUGUAAUCCUAGCCCAAUAUAAAUUGGAUAGCAGGUUGGAUGUAGUUGGCAAACCUGUUAAACAAACUGCAUCCCUGAUAGCCAUGUCUGCAUUUAGAGAUUAGAAUCAGCAUUUAUGAGGAGCUGAUAAUGAAACUGGUGAUGGAGGGGUGUUGACUGGGUUAGAGUUGCCUGCGUCUUCACAGCAAACACUGACAUGCAGUAUCUUAGAACGUCUGUAUGGAUUAAAAUCUCUGUGCAUCUCAGUGGUCCAACCUAGCUCGCUGUCUUGUUUUCAUUUUUCUCUUAUUUUCUCUCAUCAGAUGGUGAUGGAAAUGGUUAAUUAAUGCUCUGCCACAUUGCCUUUACUUCUCCAGAUUGGUGUAAAGCAAAGUGAGGGAAAAGGAAGCAAGGAGAGUUGCUUGGACCACCGGGAUUUUGACGUACACAUGUACAUGUAGAUGCAAUGUAAUAUUACCCCCAUUGCAAUAAAAUGAGGGAUUUUAAACUGGCGGCCGCUGUUUAGAGAAAGGUGGCAGCCCCUCUUUGUCCUGGCUGAUUCAUGUGAGCAGUAGCCCUCAAAAUGGACACCUAGAUAUUGGUGGCCAGAGGGAACCACUGCCCAGCUUUUGUUUUUUUGUUUUUGACAUUUUUAUGUAAAUAUAUUUUUUUCUAUUUUAUUUUUUAAUAAACAUUUUAAAACUGCCA